AAAAACCCGAGUGGUUAACUUUUUGUUAUCUCUUCUUCCUUCGGAAAUCCAUCUGCCGCCAUUUCCGCUCUUCUUUCCUACUCACCUUCAAUUUUGCGAGUCCGAUUCCAGCAGCGUCGCUGCAGUUGGGGCUCAAUCUCAGUGGCGGCAAUUCGAAAGGAAUCAAUUGUCUCUCUGCGAUUUAUACCCGAGUCUUCAUCUUAGUUGAUGACUAUUUAAGGAAGGAGUUUCUGGUGUAUUGCUUCAUUUGAUGCUAAUUUGGGAAGGAAAGUUCAGUAAUUCGGCUUCUAAGGUUAGUUUUGAUAAUGGUGGAGGUGCUGAGUACUCCACCAGCAUGUUCUGUUUCAGUUCAUCCAAGCAUUCGUGAUUUUAGGAUCCCUUUUCGGUGCAUCAAUUGCUCUGCAUAUUUUGAUUUUGGGUGGAAGAUGAAUAUGAAUUCUGUUUCAGCCAAAAAUCAUAGUUUUGGUGUGGUGGCGUUGGCUGAAAACUCGUAUUUAAGAACAGUUAGACAACGGGGAAGUUUUCUGCUAUGCAAGUCAAUAGACAGUAAAGUUUCGCGAGGUAUGCGAAACAAUGUUGCAAGUCUUGAGCUUAGGGAGUUGGUUUGUGAGGGAGAGAAAGAGGGUCUUGAUGGGAAUGGCUCCAAAAACAUAUUGCCACCUUGGGGUGGUUUGGCUGAUCGAGAAUUGGAUGAUCGGAACUGUUUGGAUGUUCGUGCACCAAUGCCUUUGAAGGCCGGUGAUGAGAGUAUGGAUGAGAUACACUAUUUGGAGGAGAGAGAUGAGGAAGUGUUGUCAAAUAGGAUUCUGAAGCUCAGUCGGGCGAAUAAAGUGAGGAGUGCAUUGACAUUGUAUAGAUCAAUGGUCGUUUCUGGUCUGCUGCCUCGUUCGCAUGCUUGUAAUUCCCUUCUCACGUGUCUGUUGAGGAAUAGAAGGCUAGAUGAUGCCUUGAGAGUGUUUGAAUUCAUGAAGUCGAGUGAUAUCGCCACUGGCCACACUUACAGCUUGGUUUUGAAAGCAGUGGCUGAUGUUCAGAGCCGUGAUGUGGCCUUAACCAUGUUUGAGGAAGCAGAAAGGGACGGCAGAACCAAGAAACACAUGGAUGUGGUUGUUUACAACACUAUGAUAGCGAUGUGUGGGAAGGUGAAUGACUGGCGUCAGGCUGAGAGGAUGUGGAGAAGUUUGAGAGACAAUGGCUGUGUAGGGACAACAGUCACGUAUCGUAUGCUGGUCUGCAUAUUCGUCCGCUGUGGUCAGAAUGAGCUAGCUCUUGAUGCCCAUCACGAGAUGGUUCAAAACGGAUUGAGCCCAGAUGAUGAUGCUAUGCAAGCUGUAAUAGGGGCGUGCACGAGGGAGGGGAAAUGGGACACGGCCCUCGAUAUCUUGCAAACCAUGUUGGGAAACGAUAUGAACCCAAGUCUCGUUACUUGUAAUGCUCUGAUCAAUUCACUGGGCAAAGCAGGCAAGGUUGAUCUUGCAUUCAACGUGUACGAGCUCUUGAAGUCGUUGGGGUAUGCACCCGAUGCAUACACGUGGAACGGCCUGCUCUGUGCGCUGAACAGAGCAAACCGACACUCUGAUGCUCUUCAGCUCUUCGAGAGCAUUAGGAAAGAGCACAGUUCCGUGUUGAACCUGCAUAUAUACAACACUUGUUUGAUGUCUUGCCAGAGGCUUGGAUUAUGGGAUAGGGCAAUGCAGCUGCUAUGGCAGAUGGAAGGGGCCGGUUUCCCCGUCUCUGUCACAUCGUACAAUCUUGUCAUCGGAGCUUGUGAGGCCGCAAAGAAGCCAAAGGUCGCGUUGCAAGUAUACAAGCACAUGGUUCAUCAGAAACAGAAUCCGGAUGUAUUCACUCUCUUGUCGUUGAUAAGAAGCUGCAUUUGGGGUUCCCUUUGGAAAGACGUGGAGGAAAUUCUAAAUGCAGAACCAAAUGGAUCUCUAUACAAUGCUGCUAUACAGGGAUCAUGCUUGAGGAAGGAGAUUGAUUUGGCGAGGAGAUUGUACGAGAAAAUGCGCGAGAUUGGCCUCAAACCCGAUGGCAAAACCCGGGCUAUGAUGCUGCAGAACUUGCCCAGAUGUUGAUUUGCAGAAGUAUUGCAGGUUUAUUUAGUUUUUGCACUUCUGCUGAUGCAACUUAACUGCAACAUGAAUCGGACCUCUCUUUCUCUCUCAUACAUAGAGUGAUAUAUUGUAUAGUAAACAGAGCUUUGCUUUUUUCCUAAUAUAUGGAGUAACAUGUUUUGUCUUGUUUUAGAAUA